UUGUUUUAAUUUAUAAAAAAACUGCUGAAGUAAAUAAUAGAAGUAUCUUGUUUUAAAGCAAUUUAUACUAGAUUUCUUUCUGGAAAACAUAAAAAUACUAAUUAUGACUGCUUGCCAGUCAAAGGGCCACUUGUGUUUUACUACUCCAAUAUGAAAGUAUCAAGAGGGUCAUUUAAACAUAUGUUGAACUGCUUUUGGAAGUUAUUAAAAGAUUCAAUUGCUUCGGUAACAGAAGUUAAUUUUGUACACAUAAACAUCCGCAUACCUUCUGCACAUUAUGGCAAACACACUUCUUUUUGAGAGGUAGUUAGAGAGUCAUUUAUUUUAUGGUGUAAAUGUAGCACUCAAGCCUAAAUAAAUGUUCGGGCUCACUGAACCUUAAACAAAACAGGCACACUUCAGUGGACAAAGACACAGACGGAGGGAGGGAACAUCAAGCUCCUCUUUCUUUUCCUGGAGGGGUGUUUAUUCAGAGUGGGUGCAGGGCAGUUUAGAGAGGAGGGGAGGGCGGCAAAGAGAGCCAACUGGGAGAAGUGUGUGUUUGUACAAAAAAAAAAAAAAAAAAAGAAAAGAAAAAACUGUGAAAGAUAACCAAUACUAAAGGAGUGAGUCAUAAAAGCUACUCAAACUUGUUUAUUUGUUUGUGUAUUGUGAUUAUGUUAGUGUUAGUGUUGGUGUAUGUUUAUGACAGAGAAAGAGCGGGAGUGAAAGUGAGUGUGACAGAGGGGGGCUUGGAGCUCAUUGUGAGCAGCAGUGAGUUAAUCUCUUUAGUGGCACACGUCUUAUGUAAAGAGGUGUAAUGGUCUCUGCCCCCUCCUUGCCCCAGGGGACCCCAGGGGACACUGGGGUCCCGUCUCCCAGCAACAUUUACAUGUCGGUUAUUCCAAAAAAAGAUACGGGGGGGAAAAAAAAUCCCAGUGAUGAUAAGAUCCGCCCCCUUUGCAUGGUAGACUCUUGUCUACAGCCAGUCUAUAUAGUAUUCAGUGGUUCACUCAAGGACAAACACAUUCUGACUCGCCACGGAGAGCAUGCGAAGGAGAUUUGAUUCCGAUUUGACAAACGUGGUGUCUGUGGAUUUAUUUGUUCGAAGAGUAAGUGUCAUUCUAUCAUCUAUUCCGGUUUCCCAAAUGGGAAUAAGAAGGAUCUCCACACAAGGCAAUGAGCCCAUCAGACCUUCCUCCAUCAUUAAAAUUCUGUAAUUACACACCUGCCACCACCAAGACCACCACCUGCUUUCUCCAGAUGUCCCAGCAAACAUGGGUAGUGUCAGCAGUUUGAUAUCAGGCCAUAGCCUCCACAGCAAACACUGCAAAGCCUCUGAAAACAAACUCAAAAAGGGGCUACAGUCUAAGAAAACAGGCCGUAGCUUGGAUGGCCUUCUGAAGUAUGGCUUCUCUCAGGACCAUUGCAGCACCAACAACAACUCAAAAGUCAGCUAUCAUUCAGGCAAAAACGAAGACUUCUUUUACAUCAAGGUCAGCAACAAGCCCCGAGCUGCUCAACAUAACAUUAAUACAGCUGAAGACAGUCAAGGAAGAACAGCUGAAAUGGACAAUGUGGUGGACAGGAGAGGAGGGCCACCAGAAUUAGUUCCGAUGUCUGGAAAACUAGAAAAGAGUGUUGAGAACGCCUUGAUUCGACCGACUGCCUUUAAACCUGUUCUUCCUCGAAGCAGCAGUUCCUUGGUGGAGACUCAUAACAACUUGAGCACUAUCCUGGGCAAGAGGAUUAGUCCUAUAGACAGGCUCAAAGAUCUUCAGGACCCCAAGCUUGAGACAAAUUCUGGUACCUUCUCUGACUCUGGAAGGAACUCUAUGUCCAGCCUGCCCACCCACAGCACCAGUGGCAGCAGCCAGAUGGACAACCUAAGCACCUCAAAUAACCACAUGGUGCGCCAUGGAGGCCAAAACAUGGAAACAUCUCAGAACCCACAGGGGGGUGUAGCAGGAACGAAUGGAAACUCUGGAUCCAGUUGGAUAUGUAGUGGGACUAAUGGAAACAGUUGGGUCGAUGGAUUUUGUGAAACAAACAGAAGUAGCGAGUCCACAAACGGCAACACAAGAUCCAUUGGUGUCCUCAGUGAAAGUGUGGCAGCUGCUAUAAGUAUGAACAGAGAAAUAACUGCUGCAGCACUGACAGUCUCGUCCACUGAACCAAAGGCUGAUUUCUCUGGAAACCAAGAGCAGUUUCUGGAACACAGAUUUACAGUUUCAGAGCAAAGUCCAACAAAACCAUCAGCUUCUGGGGGCUGUGUCCGAUCACCAAUUUCAAUGAAUGAAUCAUUAAUACAGCAGCUGGAGUACAAACUUCUGGAACGUGAAACUGAGCUGGCAGAGUUACAGACAAGCCUUGAGGAGAAGGAGUCAGACACAUGUCAGCUAUUUGAGGAGAAGCAACGCUACUGUGCUGAGGAGAUGGAGGGGUUGAAACAACGCUGUUCUACAAAACUUCGUCAAGUGUCCCAGAGGGCUUUGAGAGCCCAACAGUUAUUGCAACUUCAGGUGAUACAACUUCAACAGGACAAGGAACGUCUGCAGGAGGAAGUGGACCAGCUUAAUCGUGACAGGGACACUGCAGAAAGCCGACUUCGAAUCUAUGAAAGCCAGAGAAACCUUGUACCUACUCUAGAAGAGACUCAGUGGGAGGUGUGCCAGAAGUCAGGUGAGAUUUCUCUGCUAAAGCAGCAACUUAGGGACUCCCAAGCUGAUGUUGGAAACAAACUCAGUGAGAUUGUCAGUCUCAAAGCUUCUCUGAAAGAGUCCAGAUGCAAGAUGGAAGAACUGGAACAGAAGAUCAAGGAGUAUGAGGAAGCUCUUCACCAGCGGUGCGCUGAAGUCGAGGUAUCUAAGAAUGAGUUUCAAAGAAAGAAGAAUGAGGCUGACCUUCUCAGGGAGAAGGUGAACAUGCUGGAAACGGACAUCAAGGGCAUGAAGCAGGACCUAGCAAUGGCCAAAGAGGAGCAACAGCAGCUAAUGACCAUGAGAGCCAAGGUUGAGGAGCAACAGCUGCAACUGAAGAUAAGCCAAGCUCGGAUGGAGGCCUUUGGGGCUAGUCAAGCCAAAUCGAAAGCCCAGGAGGGAACAGGUGCCAGUAAAACACUGCAUCAUAAUGGAGGGACUGCUGACUUGGAUACCCUACAGAAGGAGGUAGAAAGGCUGAGAGGGGAACUGAAGGAAGAGAAGCAAAAGAAACAUAAGAUGAUGAACAGCUUCCAGCAAGAGAGACAAACAUGGAAUAAAGAGAAAGACAAAGUAAUCAGAUACCAAAAGCAGUUGCAGUACAAUUAUCUGCAGAUGUACAGAAAGAACAAGGAUCUGGAGAAGAUUCUGAGAGAGCUAACGGCUGAGAUGGACAGUCGGACAGAGAUGGACAUGGACAGCCAUAGCUCUGACCUGAACUUUGAUAAAAUUGUAGCCACAGAGAUAUGAGGUCAUAGAGGAUGAAUGUUUUCACAAUUAACCGAAUGGUCUUAAAAGGAUGAAUGUACUAGUGGGCAGAAUUCACAAAGCAAAAUUUAAAGAGAGAAACAUAACGUCACAGGAGAUUCUAAGAUGUCAGGAGAUACUCGAAACUCAAGAAUAUAACAUCACUUGUACAGACCACCAAAAGCUUUUCUCCUUUUAGAUCUAUCACUUAAUUGAAAAUCUUAGGACGUCAACCGUAAGCGAUUUUGUUUAUUAGAAUGGCACUCAGAAAAUAUACCUCUGACUUGA